AUGGUGUACGAUUUACUUCAAGCAGCAGUUGCAACAACUGAUGAUAAAAACCAAUACAUUGACGACGGACUGGAUAACUUUCUUGCAUUUGGAUUUCGUCCUGGUUCAGAAGUUAAGCAACCGUACAGACUUUGUCUUCCAGAAAAGUUGCCUGCUGAAUUCACAGUUGUUGCUACUUUCAAACCGAUAUCUUCUCGAACAAGUUAUCUUUUUGCUGUGCUCAAUCCUUUUGAUACAAUCGUUCAGUUGGGUCUUCGUAUUUCU